AUGAAAAGAGUUUUAUUUAAUGGAUUAUAUUACCCAAUAAUUUCUUAUUUAGUCAGUGUAGCAUUACUCAUAAGCGUGUCAUGGGCUGAUUUUAAUCCUAGCUCUUAUAAAUCAAUAGAGGAGUGCGUGGCGGCAACCGGUGUUUCCGUUAUAUCAAAGAAUGAACCUGGUUAUAAUGAUGCAAGGGUUGGCGAGAGAGUUAGCAAUUCUGGCUCUUCUUCAUUAAAUGAUUCUCUGGUUAUCGAUAUUAGUAACAUAAAUUUUGUUAACAUUACUGCAUCGCAAACUGCAAUCGUUGGUGGUGGAAUCAGGCUUGGUCCAUUAUAUAUCCAACUUGCUCAAAAGAAUUUUACUUUUAUAUCAGGAAUAUGUCCAACAACUGGUUUAUCAGGAAUUAUUGCUGCUGGAGGUUUUGGUUUACAAUCUCGAAAAUAUGGUGUUACUGGUGAUUGGAUACUUGAGGCUCAAGUAGUUACGGCUGAUGGAAAUAUUUUAACUGCAAAUAGUAUUGUAAAUGCCGAUUUAUUUUGGGCGAUAAGAGGUGGUGGUGCAACUUAUGGAAUUAUUACUCAAUGGAAAUUACAAUUAAUACCUGCUUGGGACGUAGUUUCUGUUUUCACCAUUGAAUACCCUUACGAUUCUAAUCUUUUUGCUUCUGUAUUAAAAUCAUUCACGAACUUUGGUCACCUUGCUCCCAAUGAACUUUCAACCACUCUUUAU